AUGGAACAUCAGCUUUUUCAUCAGCCAUCGACAGACCCAGUUAUCGUUUGUCAGCGAUGCGAGCAUGGUAUUAGACCGAAGCAAGUGGUCGCCCAUCUCCAGGGCACGCAUCAUCGACUCAGUCUCGCUAGGGCCCGUUUAGUCAGUGAGACUAUUCAGAAUUGGGAUCGUAUAGAGGAAUGUGAACAGUGGGAGCCACCUAGUGUUAUAAGCACCCCAAUUCCUAACUUACCUAUUUACUCCGACGGCUUACUAUGCACCAAAAUCCCAUUAUGCUCAUUUAUCGGACGUACGGUAAAGACUAUACGCCAGCAUUGGCGAGAUCACCAUAGCUGGACUGCUCCAGUCAAUAACGUUGGCGGUGGCAGGAAGCAGCCAGGACCAUCAGCAGCCGAGCAGCAGAUUCGCCAGUUUACGCAAGUCGUACGCUGUCAGCGGGCAUUCGGCCAGGGGCCAGGCUCCCACUACAUUCGCGUCCGUACGGGCGGAGUAGAGCCCGUUCCUAAGCCGAUUGCCCCGACCGUACUCGGUGAUCAGGUUCUCGACCAAAUAGAGCAGGCUUUCACCGAGCGACAGAGUCAGCCCCAAACUAUCCAGGCUAGUCAGCGGGACGAAGCGAAUCCAUGGCUUCGACGUACGCAGUGGGCGGUUUACCUACGGGGGAUUAACCCGCAAGAUCUACGUGACAGCGUUCAAGCGCCCAACGCCAACUCAGCGAUUUCGGCCGAAAAAGCAGCUUCGGCAAUCUGGGACUCGAUGGCCGUUAUAGCUCGAAUUAGCCAGUUGAUUUGUACGAAGACUAGCCAGUCGAUUCGCACUGAGGCAGUCCGUACGGAGCGGGACCGAUUACCGCAUCAGCCACUGCAAGCGUAUAUGGACGCUGAGAACAUCGACCGACACACGCUGCCAUGGCAGCAGAUUUUGAUGUUUUUCGCGCGUACGCAGGCCACACAUGAAUGGAAUAGUCCGAAAUACCGAUUUUCGAAGCGCCAGCGGGCAGCGUGGAUUUGGCGACUAGCUCAGUCGGGGGUCGAUACGUCACCCAGACGCUCCGAUAGGGCUAGUUCCGCCGGCAGUAGUGAGCAGUCAGCUAGUAGCGAGUAUUCAAAGAGUGAUACUGAGCUACGUCUAACGGAGGAACAAGUUUGA